AGUAAAUUUUAUUCUCAUUCUUUAUUUUUCAGUGUUUCAUUUAAUUUAAAAUAUCUUUUUAUUCUUGAAUUAAUAAGCCCUACAAUUUAUAUUUAUAAUUGAUUAAACAACCAUACAUUUCGUGCAUUCUACACAUCAAUUUAAUUUUCUUUUUUAAGCUUAGUUUUCAGUGUUUGUUUUUGCUUGUCUCAAAGAUUUCUAUUUCCCUUUUUCUAGAUAUCGGAGCAAAGCGGACAUAAAACGGCCUAAUUAUGGAAGAUAAAGAAACUGUUGGUGAAUCACAAGUGAUUAGAAAAGAUGAAGAUAGUCAAGACAGUAGAGAAUCAACGUCAUCUUCUAAACCAGCCCAAGCUCCAUCGGAACGAAAGAAUCUCAAGCCUCGGGAAUUCAAACUUGAUUUGGAGUCAAGACUCGGCAAAACUGUUGUAAUAAGUAAAGCAACUCCAAGCUCACAGUCAGGAGGUUUCUAUUGUGAUGUCUGUGACUGUGUUGUUAAAGAUUCAAUCAACUACUUGGAUCAUAUUAAUGGUAAGAAGCAUCAGAGAAAUUUAGGAAUGAACAUGAAAAUCGAACGAGCUUCAUUGGAUCAAGUUAAAGCUCGGAUUGAAGCCAAGCUGAGAGAAAAGGAAGAAUCUAAAAAAGAUUACAAUAUUCAAGAGCGAAUGCAAGCUCUUAAGGAGGAAGAAGAGAAACUGCGAGAAUAUCGAAAAGAAAAAAGGAAAGAGAAGAAAUCUAAGAAAAGAGCUUACGAAGAGGACGAGGAAGAAGACGAAAUGGCCAAACUUAUGGGAUUUAGCAAGUUUAAUUCUGGGAAAAAGAAAUGACCAUUCCAUAUUAUUUCAUCGAAUAUUAUUUCACUGAAUGAAUUCAUACUGCACAUACAUUCAUCCUAUCUAUUCAUGCGACAAUGACGAGAGAAUUGUCCUGGAAAGAACACUUGACACUUAAACUCUGAUAAUCACGUCUUCAAUAUUUAUACUAAGCCAUUUGGAUGUUUAUUAACGUGAUAUAAUAAAACAUGUACUGUUCACAGAA